GAAGAACCCAGAAACUGGUUUUGUUCAUGCACAGCAGGGACUUGCAGCUCUAGCUAUUUCAUUGGCACUCAAUUUUUCUCCAGUUUUACUCACCGGAAAUGCAAUGGCGUCGGAGUUUGAUGUGAUAAACGAGGGGCCACCGAAGGAAUCUUAUGUAGUCGAUGAUGCUAAUGUGCUUAGUCGGGUCACGAAAUCUGAUCUGAAGCGGCUUUUGUCUGAUUUGGAGUCGAGGAAGAAUUUUCACAUUAAUUUUGUUACUGUUAGAAAGCUCACUAGCAAAGCUGAUGCUUUUGAGUAUGCUGAUCAAGUUCUGGAGAAAUGGUAUCCUACACUUGAAGAGGGUAGCAAUAAAGGGAUCGUCGUGCUUGUGACGAGCCAAAAAGAAGGGGCGGUCACUGGUGGACCUGCAUUCAUCGAAGCUGUCGGAGAAAAUAUUCUCGACGCUACUGUAACCGAGAACCUUCCUGUUUUGGCUACGGAAGAAAAGUACAAUGAAGCAAUUUACAGCAGUGCCAAAAGGCUAGUCGCUGCUAUUGAUGGACUUCCAGAUCCCGGUGGCCCGACGUUUAAGGACAACAAGCGGGAGUCGAAUUUUAAGUCUAGGGAAGAGACCGAAGAGAAACGAGGACAGUUCAGUCUCGUAGUUGGAGGUUUGUUGGUGAUUGCUUUUGUUGUUCCCAUGGCACAAUACUAUGCCUAUGUCUCCAAGAAAUAAAAACUAAUCUGUAUUAUAAGAUUUGUCUUUCCACUCCCUUCCCUUAGAUGAAUAAACAUGUAUAACAUGUAGUUAUACAAUUACUCAUGUUAAAUAUGGUUGACGAGAGACUUGCAAUCCAAGCAAUAGUAUAGAUUUUUGGUUCGUGUUUA